UAACCGGCGCUCGCAUCAGCCACGAGGCGUGAAAAAUAGAAGAUAUUUCUUUUUUCCGUUCGUCGGUCCAUCCCAUUAUUAAAAUACGAAGCAAAAUUUGGAUAAAUUGAUUGUUCCCGAGAGGGAGGAAAAGUCAAGGACGAUGGAUUUCAAUGCUGAGCGCCGCCUUAGGGCGAUCGCCGGCCAUCUCCGAGCCAUUGUCGGAGGCGAUGAUGCGCGAUCUCAGCUGAGCUCUUGCGCCACCGCGGGAGAAUUUGUUCAGGAGCAGGGUUAUAGUGUUGUUCUCCCUGAGAAGUUACAGACCGAGAAGUGGAAUGUAUACAGAUCUGCACGGUCACCAUUGCAGCUGAUCAACAGAUAUCCAGAGCAUCCAGAAAUAAGAACAUUACAUGAUAAUUUUGUGUAUGCAGUAGAUACUUUCCCGGACUACAAGUACUUGGGGACAAGAAUACGUCCAGAUGGAACAGUAGGGGAGUACAAAUGGAUAACUUAUGGAGAAGCAGGUACAUCCCGAUCAGCAAUAGGUUCUAGCCUAAUAUACCAUGGGAUUCAGAAAGGUGCAUGCAUUGGACUAUAUUUCAUAAACAGACCUGAGUGGAUCAUUAUAGACCAUGCAUGCUCGGCAUACUCAUAUAUAUCGGUGCCAUUGUAUGAUACUCUUGGACCUGAUGCUGUUAGUUACAUUGUAAAUCAUGCUGAUAUACAGGUUAUUUUUUGUGUACCACAAACGCUGAGCAAUUUGUUAAGCUUUUUAAAUAAGAUUCCUUCAGUACGUCUAAUAGUGGUUGUUGGGGGAUCAGAUGAGGAUAUACCUUCAGCUCCUUCAACUGGCCAAUUGACCGUUGUAACUUACUCUAAACUUCAUGAGCAGGGCCAUAGUAAUCUCAAACCAUUUUACCCCCCAGAUCCUAAAGAUAUUGCAACUAUAUGCUAUACAAGUGGCACAACUGGUACGCCGAAGGGUGCAGUACUCUCCCACGAAAAUUUGAUUGCAAAUUGUGCUGGAUCUAGCAUCAGUGUCAAAUUUUAUCCCUAUGACGUAUAUAUAUCCUAUCUUCCAUUGGCACACAUUUAUGAGAGAGUCAAUCAAAUUGCAUUGGCACAUUUUGGAGUUGCUAUUGGAUUUUACCAGGGGGAUAAUUUGAAAUUGAUGGAUGAUAUGGCUGCUCUCCAGCCUACAAUAUUCUCAAGCGUUCCUCGACUGUAUAACAGAAUUUAUGCUGGUGUUAUGAAUGCUGUCAAGACAUCUGGGGGACUGAAAGAGAGAUUAUUCAUUGCUGCUUACAAUGCGAAGAAGCAAGCCCUAUCUAGUGGAAAAAACCCAUCUCUAAUUUGGGACAGGUUAGUAUUCAACAAAAUUAAGGCCAAACUUGGAGGACGAGUUCGAUAUAUGUCCUCAGGGGCCUCACCAUUGUCUCCAGAUGUCAUGGAUUUUCUUAGAGUAUGUUUUGGAGGUCAAAUCAUUGAAGGCUAUGGGAUGACAGAGACAUCUUGUGUUAUAAGUAUGAUGAAUGAGGGUGACACUUUAACUGGCCAUGUUGGCUCACCGAUUACAUCUUGCGAAAUCAAGCUUGUUGAUGUUCCUGAGAUGAACUACACCUCUGAAGACCAUCCAUAUCCUCGUGGAGAAAUCUGUGUUAGAGGACCUAUAGUAUUUCUAGGCUACUACAAAGAUGAUGUGCAGACGAAGGAGGUUGUUGAUGAAGAUGGAUGGCUGCAUACUGGAGAUAUUGGUCUAUGGUUACCUGAAGGACGUCUAAAAAUCAUUGAUAGGAAAAAGAACAUUUUUAAAUUGGCUCAAGGGGAGUACAUAGCUCCUGAGAAAAUUGAAAAUGUAUAUGCAAAAUGCAAAUUUAUUUCCCAGUGCUUUAUCUACGGUGACAGCUUUAACUCGUGUCUUGUUGCAAUAGUAGCAGUUGAGCCUGACAUGUUGAUUGCUUGGGCUGCAUCAAAAGAAAUCCAGUAUGAGAACCUUGAACAGCUUUGUGCUGAUCCAAGGGCACGAGCUGCUGUACUUACAGAGAUGGAUGACGUAGGAAAGCAAGCUCAGCUGCGAGGUUUUGAAUUUGCAAAAGCUGUCACCCUAGUACCAGAGCCUUUCACCGUGGAGAAUGGUCUUUUAACCCCAACAUUCAAGGUGAAGAGGCCUCAAGCAAAGGCCUAUUUUGCGCCUGCAAUUGCUGAUAUGUACACAGAGCUUUCCAAAUUUGAUCCGCCCCCACAAAAGCCAUCAUUGUAACGCCAUCAACAGUUCUUAUUCUGGAGAAAUUAUUACGAGCGGAGUAGUUCGGACAUAGCUUAUAUCUGGACUCCAAUAAAAAUAGGUAAUAUCAGCCUGUACAUAUAUUGUGUACAAUUUAUCCUUGUUCAGCCUGCAUAUGCCUUCUAUGAAAAGGGUAACCUUGGUGCUUUUAUGUAGUUUGAAUUAUUUUGGUCCUUUUGAAAAAGUUAGAAGAUCAAUUUGACUCUUUUCUGUUUUAAA